CGUUCAUCACCACCCACCGGUCCACCACCACCACUGUCAUCGCUCUCCAUCGUGACUGCUCGUACAACGCGUUCUCGCGCCAGACUGUCCCAACUGCGUGGCGGCGCUCCCGGGGAGCUUCGACCUUUCGUGACUGCUGUCCCAGUUGUGUGGCGGGCUCGUGUGCGAGGACUACCGUCGUGUCGCUGCAUCUGCAUCUCCACAUAGUCGAGUCAAGGCUACUCUCGCUUCAAAGCCUGGGCGGGUGGGCAUCUCACGCCAGAAGAGGCGCUGAGGGCACCGGUUUCCUUUUUGUGCUUGUUUUGCCGCUGCUGCUACCUACUAACCGUUUCUUAGCAUGGAUCUCGCCGACGCCAUACUGCAGCCUGUCGAUGCUGCGCUGAACUGGCUCGUCAUCGAGCGCGUCCUGGCAGAAUGGAAUGAUCCGGCCACGAGCGACCGUCGAUAUCUCGGGACGCUGUCCAGCGUCAAUGGCGCGGCCAAUUUCACAUUGGCUAUCGGUUACGGCGCGACAACCCGCCAACUCUUUAUCAGCCUGCACCUUCCAAUCAAAUUGCGCGCUUCGACAUCCUCCAAACUGAAGCACAUGUAUUAUGUUGUUCCGGUCGAGGCAUUAGGUUCGAAGGGCUCUCAGCCUGCCUUGUUUGUCGACGUCAGCCGCACUGAGGAUGUUCCUGAACAAACGCUGCCGGAGCUGAGAAAAGCCGGGUUAGUCGAGAAUGGGUCGAAGCGAAUAAUUCGGAUAGGAUUCAGACUCAAGGAGCGUGGUUAUGUCAUCAUGCCGCAAGGGAGUUUGUCAAGGCCUCCGCAAGGCACUCCCCUUCGUCUGCUCCAAAACCUACGGUCGCUUUCCGAGCAGGCUGCAGCUUUUGAUCUCUAUCUGAAGUACAACGACUACGACUACGUCGAGCUUUGCCGAGUCUGCGAAAACGUGUCCAAAAUACAUCUUACCACACCCGCGCUCGACGUCAAGUCUUUGUUCAAAGGAUUGGGUGCUGUCAAUGUCUGGGAACAGUAUGCAAUGCCUUCUGAAACCAGGGACAAGUAUCCAACGAAAUUACAUUUCGCCGACCGCGAGACAUCUCCUCCACCGCAGUAUGAUCGGGUUACUCCGUCUCCGUCGCCCUUGGUGCUCGUUCCUGCUAGCAGCUUGGGGUCGUCUCCAAAACAGCCGUCGGUAGAUCGCCCGCAACAUGGGCUGUCUGUCAUUCCAGAGACUCCUGAGGCUUAUAUGCCAGCCUCGGCCCAAGCUAGCAGGAAGCGGAAGGCCACCAGCCCGCUCUCCGGAGGGUUCAAGGCUCACGACCAUGAUGAUCAACUUGAGGAUGCUCAUUCUUCCCAACAAGAUCUGUAUGGGAUGUCAUCUGCUCCAUCAGUGGGGAUCACUGCUGGACAAGCAUCUCCGUGUGAAACGCCAUCACAACGCCUUCUCCAACAGCAUGAAAAUGCUCAACCUGAUACCGUGACCCAAAACGACGUUGACCCCGCUCUCUUUGCUGAUAUGGUCCAGUGGCUCGAGUGGGCGUGGUCUGCUUUGCCAUCAGCCCACCUGCAUCUGCAGGCAGAGCUUUUAGCCCUUGGUGCCGCCGUCUGCAACGUCAAUGCCGAAGCGUUCGCCGACCAGCGAGCAGUCUGUAUGGCCAAACUGCUUUUCCUCGUCACUGAUGCCAACCGCGUGACCGGUGAAACUGAAGACGAGCACCCGCCCGACUUCGAGCUUGAGGUUAGAGACGUAGUUCGCUGGAUGAACCAAAUCUACCGCGCUGCCGACAUCGUCAUUGCGCGCGACUUGAUGCAGUUAGCGGAGGUAGCGCAGGGGGCAGCGGCGAACGAUGAGCAGCGGCGGAAGGCGUUUCGGACGCAAAAAGCAGUGUGCGUCGCGCGCGUGUGUAUGUGUUUUGGAAAGGCGGGGUGAGCUGAGCUGAGGGUUGGUAAGUGGUGGUGCGCUGGUAUGGAUAGUUAAAAUGGAUUUAUGUGGAAGGAGAUGGGUGAUUACGGAAAUUUGUCAUUAACAUAUUUUGAAUAGCGUUAUACCUUGAUAUAUACAAUUGAACUUCAAGC